AUGUGGCAAGCUCGUCGCACUUGGCGUCACAAAUUCGCUCGGUUCAAUCAGUGGGCGACGCUCUAUAGCUCAUGGGCUCUGGGUCUAUUCCCAUUCGUCUAUGUGGCGAGCAGCAAAAGACUGCGACGCUCUAAGUGGCUAAUUGCAUAUGGAAUUAUUGUGAAUCUGGGAAUCAUUCGGGUUUCCUUUCGCUAUUACGACGAUACAGAAGUCGUCGAUUUGGCCGAGAUCUACCAACGUAACCCUCUGUCAGAACAAAUCAGUCAAAUACAGACGGGUCUAAAUUUAACCACUCUCUUCGUGACGCUCUUUCGCAGUUGGUGGCUAAGCGAGGAACUCGGAAAUGUUCUGAAUGCUCUGCUUCAGCUCUAUGAAACUGAAUAUAAAUCUUUGGAUUGCACCAACUUUGAUAACAAUGUUAUCUAUAAGAGCCUCACAAUCUGGUUGGAGCUCAUUUCGAUGUUGUUCCUCACACUCGGAUUCAAUACGCCCAUCGGCUACAAAUUGUUUCUGGGUCUGGCGGCUACUAUGACAAAUCAGCUGAGCAUCCUGCUGCUGGGAAUGCAUUUCCAUCUGGCCGUGCUCUAUAUAUAUCGUUCUAUUUGGCUCAUCAAUCGGGAGCUACGAAUGCUGGCAACACAGCCGAAGAUCAAAUUUAGACGCAUUCACGAUCUUCAGGGGAUUUACAGUCGCCUCGUAGCGCUCAGCACUCGCUUGGCCUCCAUUUACAGCUAUCAAAUGAUUUUGUUCAUGCUAUGCCUGCUGAGUAUCAAUAUCACAUCCAUAUUCUAUAUUCUCGUCUAUAGCAUCAGCCUGAAAAAGACGCUGACUUUGCCUUUGGUCUUGAACCUUAGCCAGGCCCUUGCCAUUAACGUCUUGGACUUUUGGCUACAUAUCGCCGUCUGCGAGCUGACUGAACGCGCAGCCGAAGAGACCUCAAUCAACUUGAGGCUCUUCAAUGAUAGAUCGACUGCUGAUUCAUGGCUAGAUCGGAGUAUCACUAACUUUGCUUUAUUUUGCACACAUCGACGUCCCAGAUUUAAUUAUUGCGGUUUAUUUCGUGUUAACAACGCAAUGGGCUUUCGCAUGAUUGUCACUUGUGUGCUUUAUAUUCUAUAUUUGGUGCAGUUCGAUUUUAUGAAUUUGUAA